GCUGUCACGCACACAAACAUUGUACGGAGCCACUCUAGAAACAUUCCCACGCAUCGCGUGUUAGUUAACCCAGCCUCCGUUGGCUCUUGCCGGUUCACCGAGGCGCUACCUGUCGCUCGGUUUGCGAGUCUGCGGCGGUCGUGACACGGCCGAGGAGGGCUUCGCCGGUGGAGGUGAACCGCGAAGAGGGGGAACAAGGUGGCAUCCCCCCGGUCAGAAAAGUACAACACCCGCCCGGAGAUGACAAGCUUGUGAAACGAUAGUGGCGGCAGACAUCCAGACGCAACAUAAGCAGAGGAGAGCAAGUGCUAGAAAAGGGCAUUGGGCCAUCUGUGCUGCGUCCCCUGCUAUUCCGCAGCUGCGGCCGAGUCGGCGAGUACUUUUCAGCUGCUUCGGGACUUUUAAAAAGGAGGAGGAGAUAAAGCAUUUCUUCCAGCGUCUCAUUGCUCAAGGGAUGAGCCAAGUCCGGAGCCAUGCUAAAGCCUCGCUGGCAGCAGAUGAGGCCCGUAGGGGUUUCUUCUGUGGAGGGAAGGCUGAUAGCCCAGCUGGAUGUUCCGUUGUCACCAUGUUGCCUUGCUGUCAUUAGUGGAUAACGAGCUGCUGCAAGAGAGGAAGCAGAGAAGCGGCCUGUGGCGAAGAGGAAGAACAUUGCAGCUGUUUUUAAGACGCCCUUUCGUCUUUUCUUUACAACAGGACUUUUUGAAAUAUUCCUUGCUGCAGAAUCUAAUACAUAUGCGAAAACUUGAAAACAAGUUUCAUUUUUCCCUGCAAGAUGACACUACUUUGAUUUUUAUUAGGGGUUGGGGGGUUUAUGCCCUGACAGAUUAGUUUGGUGACAUUGAUCACAAUGGCAGCAGCCUACCGUGUGGUAGUGAGCAGUGUGAGCUGCUACAACAGUGUGGUGGUGGAUCGGCGCAGCCACUCUCACGCUGUACACUAUUGCUCAGGCCCGUGCAGAGCUCUUGCCCAGGGGUUGGAAUGCGCCGUGGCACAUCAUGGCACCUGUUCCGAGCUCCUGGUCGUGCCAGACUCGCCCUACCUGAACAGCCCUUCCGGACACUCCAGGUGCACGACUUCGCAACAGAUUCCACACCAUGGGAAAUCGAGUGGUACUCUAGGUGCAGGGUACAACUGUGGUGCUCUGGAGAGGGCCGGGAGUAGUGGAAAUUUGUUCAUAGGGGAGGAGAGCAACAUGUGGCGGGGGAAAAAGGUCACCAGUGGUGGAGGAUCAACGGGCAACCUUAGCUGUGGUAGCUACGGUAGCCUCAAGGACAUCACUGAAGAAGCUAUCAACCUAGCCAGUGGUAAGCUCAAAGAGUUUUCCUUUGACAAGCUUCGCCUCUCCUCUUCUAGCCACGUCACUUUCCGGAAAGGCCGCAAAGUCCGUCCUGAUUCGUUCAGCCGCCGCUCCACCGAUUUGGAGAUCAUCUACGGCCACUUUAGUUCCAACGUCUCCAGUAAUGGCACGACAAACGGAACCACCACAACUCCCAAUGAUGAGAACACGCCGCCGUUACUGGAGACGAAACUGAAGGGCAGUUCGAGCUCUGUCUCUACUAUUACAAAAGUCAGUGGUUCGACAAGUGGAAGCGGGUCUUUGGACCAUAACGUGAACACUCUGGCUUCACUUUAUCGCAAUACUCUAGGGGAUGAGAACCUGAUUACCCGUCUGCUGGAGAAAACGUGGGGAGAGGGAACUGCCGGGAGUGCUGGUGGAGAAGAUAUCCGCGCCUGCCUUGACAUCCUGCUCAAAUGCUCAGAAGACCUGAAGAAAUGCACUGACAUUAUCAAGCAGUGCAUCCGACGCAAAGGAGGGCCUCAGGAUGGAGGUGCCAGUCCCGACAGCGUGUACCGGGCCUUGAUGACCCGAUUGAGCAUGUACCUUAAGAGACUACCUUUGGAGCUGGAGGGGAUAGGAGGCAGUGGACAGGGUACGCCCGGAAGUGGGCAUGGCGAUCUGAUGGAGCUUGUAAACAGUCUCCACUCGCUCCAACAGGCACCCUUCUCACCAAUAUUUGGAAGCGAGCAGCCUCCUCGUUAUGAGGACGUUGUGCAGUCGCCUCCUAAUGCAAAGACUUCGUCGACUACAACUUUGUCCGCUCCUCACAUAUCCGUUCAGGGCUCUAUAUCUAAACCCCUUACCAAUGGACUUCAGCAUUCACAUGCUCCAUCGUCUGUCGCGCUUCACAAUCUUUCUGUCACGAGUUCGCCUUCCAGUCACUCUCCGACACACUCUCCGUCCCAUCUUCGGAGCUCCCCUACUCCACCGUACACUCACACCCCUCCGGGAUCCCCCAUGGAGCCACUCUACAUUGAGGAGGAAGAGGCAGACAUGGGUAAGAUUUCGCAACAGAUCACUCAUCAUACAUCCCAGGACAAAACCACAUCAAAUAAACCCAUGUAUUUAUCUCAAUUAGACUCUACCAGCACUGUCUACAACGCAAUGAAGCCUUCCUGCACUACGCAAGCACAUAGAAAUGAUGACAUUGACAAACUGCUGAUGGAUCUGGAGAAUUUAUCUCAGAGCAUGAGCAAUCCCAGGAGCACUGAACCGCCUCUACCGGUCAAGACCCGCAAGCGAGGUGGCCUGGGGACUUUGUCCACAGAUCCCCAGACUCAUCUCAAAAUGCCCCAGUUCCAAGUCAAAACCGCUGCAAGCCACUUGGCCGGAUCCAAAGCACCUCAGGGAGACAAGCGCAACGCUCCAGCCGGUGAGGAGCAGGAGGAUGGCGCGUUGCUCUUGAGAAUCUUGGAGAGUAUAGAGAAUUUUGCCCAAGAACUGGUGGACUCGGGGGCCGGGAGUACCGGAAGUGCUGAGAGGAACAGCGGUAAGGAACGCGAAGUGAUGAAGCUCUUGCAAGGCACUCUGGCCUCCACUGGUAGGCCUGACACCCCCACCCAAAGCACGACUGUAAAAACUGUUCCGCCAGUCAGUCAAACGGAAACCAUUGCGGCACUAACAGUUCCAGCCAUACCGCCAAAACUCUUUAGCCGAACUCCCUCGGCUACUCCUGUUCUCACACAAAAACCUGCAACUGAAGAGGUGUGCGCAGCUAAAUCCGAGCCUCAAGCCACACCUGAGGCUGCCUCUGCCUUCGUGCCUACAUCAGAAGCAACAAACAUCGUUUCAGGAGGUCCUAUGGUCCAUCCUAUAUCCACUCCUGGACCCACAAGCUUGCAUUCUGAGCCGGUGAACGAUGUUGCGCCGAAAGUGCCGCCCACCAGUUCCAGCCUGCCUGUGGUUAUCGAGACAGAUCCUUCUGUUGUCGUCGGAGACACUCUGGCCCUGAGAGACACUGGUUCGACCCUGCUCAUCCAACAGAGUCCUGAAGUAAUCAGGGUCCAGUCCAAAGCAGAGAAGAAACCCGUCACACCACCCCCAUCCCCUGCCCAGGUCUCGACUGACCCACAGGCCACCUCGCCGGAGGCCCCCGUCGUCAUCACACCGCCUCCUCCCCUCGCCAUCAACAUUCCCAGGUUCUAUUACCCUCGCGGUCUUCCCGCCACGGGCCCUCCGGCCGAUCACGAUGCUGCUAUCGCCACCGUUGAAGCGGCUUUCUCCGAGUUUGAAGAGGAGAAGGCCGACAUUUACGAGAUGGGAAAGGUCGCCAAGGCGUGCGAUUGUCCACUCUAUUGGAAGGCAGCCAUGUUCUACGGCGCCGGCGGCGAACGGACCGGCUUCGUGUCAGUUCACGCCUUCGUCGCCACCUGGAGGAAGUUGCUGAACGGUUGCCACGACGACGCCUCCAGGUUCAUCAACCUUCUCGCCAAACCCGGCUGUCACUACCUCGAGCAGGAGGACUUCAUUCCUCUUCUGCAGGACAUCGUGGACACGCACCCCGGACUCACCUUUCUGAAGGACGCGCCUGAGUUUCAUUCCCGCUACAUCACAACGGUGAUCCAGCGGAUCUUCUACGUGGUGAACCGCUCGUGGACGGGCCGCGUUUCCACGACAGAGCUACGGCGCAGCAACUUUUUGCAGACGCUGGCGCUGCUGGAGGAAGAGGACGACAUCAACCAGAUCACCGACUACUUCUCCUACGAGCACUUCUAUGUCAUCUACUGCAAGUUCUGGGAGCUGGACGGCGACCACGACCUGUACAUCGACCACAAGGACCUGGCGCGAUACAACGACCACGCGUCAUCCAACAGAAUCAUCGAGAGGUUGUUUUCGGGAGCUGUCACACGGGGCAACGCCGUGCAAAGGGAAGGACGCAUGAGCUACGCUGAGUUUGUCUGGUUUCUCAUAUCUGAAGAGGAUAAGAAAAAUCCCACCAGUAUAGAGUACUGGUUCCGCUGCAUGGACGUGGACGGCGAUGGAGUUUUGUCCAUGUUCGAGUUGGAGUACUUCUAUGAGGAACAGUGCGAACGAAUGGAGCGAAUGGGCAUCGAACCGCUGCCCUUCCAAGACUUACUGUGUCAAAUGCUGGACUUGGUCAAGCCGGAGAGUCCAGGCAAAAUAACACUGGGUGACCUAAAGCGCUGCCACAUGGCUCACAUCUUCUUCGACACCUUCUUCAACCUGGAGAAAUACUUGGACCAUGAACAGAGAGACCCCUUUGCUGUGCAGAAGGAUCUCGACAGCGACGGUCCAGAGCCAUCCGACUGGGAUAAAUACGCCUCUGAGGAGUACGAAAUCCUGGUAGCGGAGGAAACUGCCAAUGAACAGAUUCACGAAGGAUCAUUUGAGGACGACUACGAACUCGACGAUCUUCAGGUGCCGGCCGAGAUUGGGAAUAAAAUGGAAAAACUGGUCAUUUCGGAUCUGUCGGCGUGAAAAAGACAGUUGCCUUUUGAAAUGUUUUUGAAUAGAAAAACUCCAAAGAGAAGGACGUAACAGAGGAAAAAGGACAUCUGUUUUAUGAUGACGUUUUUUGAGGAGGCAAGAAUGGACUCAUGUGGACGUGAGUCUCACACGCAGAUGAGUCAGCCUUUGUUUGAUAAGCUCUUAGAAAAUCAUGAAGAGACACACACACACAAAAAAACUCCACAGGAAACAAAUGUAAUAGAUUUUUUGGAGGGGUUUUUUUAUCUGAUAAAACUUAGGACAAUCAUGAGCAAAGACAAUCACAUGACACUGAAAAGAAACACAAAGUUAUUUUUUUUUAAAUCUUUGAAAGUUUUGCGAACAUUACAUUUUUAAGGGAUCCGCAGAUAGAAGUACUUGCAGUUCUUAAAAGAUAAAUGUUACUACGAGUUCAAAUAAUUUGAUAUUGAAACCCCUCUUGAUGUUUUCGUUUUUAUACAAUUUGUAAAAUUAGUUUAACUAGUAGGUCGCCAUUGUUGUUGACGUCGCAGGGCGGUGACGUCAUAUGUUUACGUUGCCGGGCUUCCAGAGUCUGACUCUAGCGAUAUACAAAAGUCAUCUGUUUAACCCUUUCAAUUUAAACCCGAGAGGAACAUUAAUCAGCAUGACAGUACUGUCGAUAUUUCACAAAACGAGCUGCAAAAGCAAAUUGAACAGGAAAGACGGGAUGAGUGUUCUGCCAAAAUGUGCCACACAAAUGUGCGAAACAUGCUACAAGAGCAAAUUUGACAUACAAAGGAUCAUAUUGGUCUGAAUAUAAGACUGCCCUGAUUAUACGACGACCCCCUCUUUUUCAAGACUCAAGUUUGAAAAAAGGCUUUUUGAACACCAAAUUAAUUUUUAUGCAGAAAAUAAUUACAGUACAUCUGAAACAAAUGAUUAUGAUAUAUUUGAGAGAAAAAGCAUGUUAUUUUGCCUGAUUCAAAUCUUAAUAUCUGAACAUUUAACUAUGUAAUCUAAAGUGCAAUUACAUUCGUAAAUGAAUGGCUUCUGGUUUUUGAAAUGUAAAUGAACCAAUCUAUUGUGAUUAAAAAAAACAAAAUUGCAAUAACUGCAUUAACCAUCAAAGUGAACUCUAACUGUAACUGUAGACUUGAAACAAAUCUGAAUAAGGAAAAACAUUGCAAUAAAAUAAUGCAAACUGUUUAAACUAAAAAGAGUAGCUGUGAUCUGUCAUGACAGAACAUCGCUUGCUUCAAUGAUAUCUGGCGCCAUCUAGCGUUUUGAAUGGGGAGAUUAGCUGAGAUCUGUCAUGACAGAACAUCGAUUCAAUGAUAUCUGGCGCCAUCUAGCGUCGGGAAUGGGUAUAAUGUCUAGACCGCGAAUAUAAGACGACCCCCUCAAUUCAGUGUUAUUUCAAUGCAAAAAACACAGUCUUAUAUUCGGGCCAAUAAGGUACGACGACCGUGUGCUUUCACCUUGUUUUGUUUAGAUGCAUACAGACAGAACAUACUAAAGAUGCCUUAAGAAAAUACUAGUAAAAUCAAAUAAGGGUGGUUUAAAUAGGCUACGUGACUAAUGUGAUUAACAAUCUGCUUUAAAGCUACCACAAGAAAACACAAUGCUUAAAGGUAUGAGAGGGAAACACAUGCAAAAAGUAUUUUCGGGAUUGGUAUCAGUGGAACAAUAGUAGUAAUUAACAUUUUAACCUUCACUUGAACAGAACCAAGUUAACUCACCACCUAACCUGCAGUGCUGGCCAAAAGUAUUGGCACCCCUGCAAUUCUGUCAGAUGAUACUCAAUUUCUUCCAGAAAAUGAUUGCAAUUACAAAUGCUUUGGUAGUAAUAUCUUCAUUGAUUUUACUUGCAGUGAAAAAACAAAAAAGAGAAUGGGAAAAAAAAUAAAUCAAUAUCAUUUUACACAAAACUCCAAAAAUGGGCCGGACAAAAGUUUUGGCCCCCUUUGAAAAUUCGUGUGAUGCUUCUCUAACUUGUGUGAUUAAUAGCACUAGACAACAGAUGGUGGCAAUAACUAAAUCACACUUGCAGCCAGUUAAAAUGGAUUAAAGUUGACUCAACCUCUGUCCUGUGUGCUUGUGUGUACCACAUUGAGCAUGGAGAAAAGAAAGAAGACCAAAGACCUCUCUGAGGACUUCAGAAGCAAAAUUGUGAAGAAGCAUGGACAAUCUCAAGGCUACAAAUCCAUCUCCAAAGACCUGAAUGUUCCCGUGUCUACCGUGCGCAGUGUCAUCAAUAAGUGUAAAGCCCAUGGCACUGUGGCUAACCUCCCAAGAUGAGGACGGAAAAGAAAAAUUGAUGAGAGAUUGUGCGGAUGGUGGAUAAAGAACCUCGACUAACAUCCAAACAAGUUCAAGCUGUCCUGCAGUCCAAGGGUACAACAGUGUCAACCCAUACUAUCCGUCUGCGUCUGAAUGAAAAGGGACUCUAUGGUAGGAUACCCAGGAAGACCCCACUUCUGACCCAGAGACGUAUAAAAUUCAGGCUGGAGUUUGCUAAAACUGACCUGAAAAAGCCAAAAACGUUUUGGACGAAUUUUCUCUGGUCAGAUGACAACAGAGUUUACAGGGGAAAAAAACGAGGCCUUCAAAGAAAAGAACACGGUCCCCACAGUCAAACAUGGCGGAGGUUCCCUGAUGUUUCGGGGUUGCUUUGCUUCCUCUGGCACUGGACUGCUUGACCGUGUGCAUGUCAUUAUGAAGUCUGAAGACCAUCAAAUUUUCCAGCAUAAUGUUGGGCCCUGUGGGAGAAAGCUGUGUCUCUCUCAGAGGUUAUGGGUCUUCCAGCUGGACAAUGACCCAAAACACACUUAAAAAAGCACUACAAAAUGGUUUGAGAGCAAGCACUGGAGACUUCUAAAGUGGCCAGCAAUGAGUCCAGACCUGAAUCUUAUAGAACAUCUGUGGAGAGAUCUGAAAAUGGCAGUUUGGAGAAGGCACCCUUCAAAUCUCAGAGACCUGGAGGAGUUGGCCAAAGAAGAAUAGUCUAAAAUUCCAGCAGAGUAUUGUCAGAAACUCAUUGAUGGAUACCGGAAGCGGUUUUUCGCAGUUAUUUUGUCUAAAGGUUGUGCUACCAAGUAUUAGGCUGAGGGUGCCAAUACUUUUGUCCGGCCCAUUUUUGGAGUUUUGUGUAAAAUGAUAAUGAUUUCAUUUUUUUCCAUUCUCUUUUGUGCUUUUUAAUUGCAAGCGAAAUAAAUGAAAAUAAUACUACCAAAGCAUUUGUAAUUGCAAUCAUUUACUGGGAAAAAUUGAGCAUUAUCUGACAGAUUUGCAGGGGUGCCAAUACUUUUGGCCAGAAGUAGGCCCAUAGUAUAUGGUGCGCACUAGAAACUUUAUAUAGCAUUUAAGCUAGCGGACUUUUGCUCUGGAAGUUAGCCAAUUGUUCUUUUGUAAGAUCCGAAUUAAGAUUAUUUUUAAUAUCGUUUGAAGCUAACCUCAGGCGCGCAUCGGACACCAGCAGUUUCGGCGUGCUAAAAAUGAUAAUAUAGGAUUUAGUUGAGCUUUACUUCAAUGUUGGACUCAAGUAGCGCCUGAGCUUAGCCUGAAACGAUAUAAAUAAAUGAUGAUCUAAGUACAGCAGAAGAACAAUUGGUUAACUUGCAUAGCAAAAGCAUAGACAUCAUAAUUGUAUUGACGGGUCUAUUCGGCCAGCCACUGCACAACGCCUUCAAGCAGGGGGCCCAUCCCACAAUCCGCUUGAGUUAUUGGCAGUCGGUCGCAGCGACACAUGCACCGAUUCAACGCCGGAUUUAGGAUAAAAGUACGAAAGCUGUACCGCAUACAAACAGGAAGGAUUGUCUCAGGAGUGAUUUGUUCGAGGAUUCGAGGUAAUUAUAUUUUUCAUACCAUGCAUGCAUUUUGAAACGUCGUGGGGAAAAAAAUCAAUGGGAGAAAUUAGCCGCUUCGGCAUUGGCAUUAUAGUUCGCAAAAUUUACGUAAAAUAAAUGCUAACUGCCCAGUUCUUUGCUCUUUUAACCAAGAAUCGAGACUAUUUUACGUACAUAUCGAUAAAGAAUUCAGGGAUUUAACCAUUUAUUCACAAUAAUUUCAACGUAAAAAGCUCUUUAAUGUGGUAAGGCGGCGCCACUGUGACUUAAAGACGAGCAGCACAUUCGACAUAUUUACUUAAAAUAAAUGCUAACUGCCCGUUUUUUAUGCUUUUAACCAAGAAUCGAGACUGUUUUACAUCCAUAUCUAUAAAGAAUUGAGGGAUUUACGCAUUUAUUCACAAGAAUCUUUAACGGAAAAAGCUCUUUGUCUGUGUAUCCACUAGAGGAGUGAAAAAUUUCCGAUUCUUAGACUAUUCGUGAUUCGGCCGAGGAAGAUUCGAGAACGAUUCACAAAUAUCCAAAUUCCGAUUAUUGAAUUAUACCAGGUAAAGCGGAAGUAAAACACAGUCAGUGCGGUCUUUGGGACGCAAUGAGGAACGGACCGAGAGUAAAUAUCAUGUUCAACUCAUGCCACUAGAUAAAAAAACAAUCAUUCCUGACUGCAGCUGACAGCCGCUACAAACAACGCCCAGUUGCUAGUUGCUACAAACAUACGGCCACAGUAGAUAUCAUAUAUAUGUAGAACUAGAUGCAAAAUGACAGAUGACGUCAGUGUUAGAACAUGUAUUAUUGAACAGAGAUGCGAAAUGACAGACUUUCCGGCGUAAGUAAACAGCCGCCAUCUUAAAGCAGUAGACCUCUCUAGAAGGCUCUGUUGUAGCAAACCUAAUUAACUUUUUAUCUAAAAUACUCCUAAAUCGGCAGAAUCUUGUCUUGAAUCUAUCUUUAAAUGAUGAAAAAGUUUUAAAACUUUGACAAAAGUAGACAGAAGGGAAAUUGCUGAAUAAUGGGAGCAAUUUUACCAACUGUAACAGUUGAUUCACAACAUUAAAUUAAUUGAAUGUAGUUUAAAGCUGCUGAUACAGAAUGGGGACUGGAGUUUUUUAUUUACUGUUUUUUGCAUAUUUUUGCAUAUUUGUUUACUGUUAUAUGUUAACGUGAUACUGAAAUAGUAGUUUGGUUUAGCCUGAGAGGAUUUUUGAACAAUUUUGGAACUAAUGUACAAAAUAUUUAAAAAAAAAAAAAAAAAUUUUUUAAAGGGGGGGGUGCAUCAAUAAUCAUUUUAUAAUCGAAUUGGAGCCUCUGAAUCGUAAUCGUAAUCGAAUCAUUAGGUGCCCAAUGAUUCCUAGCUCUAGUACACACUUGGUCAGCUUUGACGGAGAUAGGCCCACUAUUAUUUGGCCCCGCGCCCCAUGUCCUUUCAAUACCAUUAUGAAGUCUAUGGCAAAAGUCCGCUAGCUUAAAUGCUAUGUAAUGCUAAUGUUAACCAGAUUGUGUCUGGUGCCCACUACAAAAAAAUCUGGUGUGCACCACAAACUAUCUUGUGCACGGCAGAUGGUUUAAAUUUAUUUUAUUUCUGUCGAUGUCCCUUUGGGGGCGCCGUAGCAAAAUUUUAAUUUAUUUGUGCAAGAUUUGUCAUGAUAUUUUUGAUUUUGAUUUUUUUUAAGAAAAAUUAGAAAAAACAUUGUGCUCCUAAAAUUUUGGGAUUUUUUUCCUGAGUAUUUUUGGAGUUUGGAAAGUUACUAGAAAAAAAAUUGGAAAAUUAUAGUAAAGCUUUUUUUUGUGUGUGUAACCACAUUUUUUUUUUUUUUUUUUUUUUUUUUU